UUAUAUAAAAAGGACCCAGUCUUCUUUCACAACACUUGAGGAUCGGAGCCAUCGUUGAACUUAACUUUACAACAGCUUUAAGACUGCGAAGUUUAUAAGGAUGGCCAGUUCAGUGACUGAUCUUGAUGAACUCCUUAAACAAUGGGCGUGGAAAAUGUACACACGGACGAAAAAUACUGUGAGUAUUGACAAUGCACAGCUUGAUGUUGUUUGGAAUAAGGUACGUUUCCAAUCCGCCCAGCCAAACUUCUCGAAGCAACAUGCAUCAAAUGUUCCUCAGUCUCAGAUCGUGUUCAGUUCAACAUUCGACAAUGAAACGACGCAAUAUCAACAGCACAACUUCCAGACUCAGCGGUCAACGAUUGCGACUGUCACAACGACAAUGUCCAAAGGCUUCACACGUGGGGUCAAUGCAGGAAUCAAGCUUCCGGUCCCACCGGAAGUGCUCAGCUCUACAGCCGGGUUCGGCAACGAGGUCACCAUCGAAUGCGAGGAUGAAUAUUCGGUACAGAAGUCCCUCUCCUGGGCUGUCAACACGACUGUCAAUGCACCAAAGGAAAUGAGAACUGUUGCUGAACUUGAAAUACUUGAAAAUGAAUUCAAAUGCAACUUCAAGAUGAAUGUAUCCUUCCGAGGGACGGUUAGGGUGAAUAUCACCGAAUUACCCUCUGAAAAGGUGCUGAUUUUUCAAAACGACAUCGCCCAGAUUCUAGGUGAUAGUGGUUCCCUACUACCAGACUGCGUGGAGAUCACACCCAAGAAGGUGGUUUGGCCUGUCAUAGGGAAGGUUCAGUUCCGGUAUGGCGUCUCUCAAAAGGUCCGCGUGUAUCAGGAAGAUCUUGAGGACGAACCUGAUGAUGAUGGCAACUACGAUCAAUAUUAUAAUUGAAAGAACUUUUCCAUUCGUUGUCAGUUCAUGUUCAACUGUUGGUUUGUUAAUUAGAACAUGUGAACAUGUAUCUGAUCUCUAUGUACCAUAAUGAACUGAUUGCUACAUGACUGUACAUGACUGAAAUUUUACAGACUCCCUCAACCGUCAUUAUUAACAAACUUGGUGUAUUGAUAAGUCUGUGUGUUUCUUUGAUCCGGAUUAAUAGGUAUAUCGAUAAGUCUGUGUGUCUAUUUGAACUGGAUUAAGGGCAAAUCGAUAAGUCUGUGUGUCUAUUUGAACCGGAAUAACCUAUCCUAUGUACUGACGUUUAUAGAAAGGUUCGGCAAAGAAGUCCACAUUGAAUUGGAACGGAGACUUUCGUGAGACAGUUCGUCUAUGGCAAAAAAUGCUUUCAAGAAGAAGAGUGUCCUUGGAUGAUCUAUGCCCGUAUUUUGCAUAUUGUGAUAUUACAAACGUUUUUAUAAACGCUCAUGUAUAUGUGAAAUAUUCCAGAACAAUAAUCAAAUGAUUAUUUCAAAGCGUGCAAUUGAAUGUGCAUAUUUUGUUAGAUUGGGAAUACUAUACCUUCAGAUAACAUAUAGAGCUAGCUGCAAGAAUAUAAUUUUGUUUUAUAUUGUUAAACGAAUUUAGGGUUAGCCACACAAAGAUUAAAGUGUAAACGUUUACACAUCAGUUUAUGUUGUCUGAAUAAAUUCGUCGAGAGAAGUC